AGUUGAAACCAACCAUAUUAAGCAUAUUAUUGUGUCUCUUAAUUUUUUAACUUUCAUUCCACUGCCACUCACAACCCCACUACCUGUCACCAAAUCAAUUCAUGCAAGUCAUUGCUCUGUGAUUCCUCCAAAUGCCAUCACUGUCUUCUCAUCUUUUUCUCACCACCCCCCCCCCCUUUCAAAAGCUCACUCCAAAUUCACUUGCCAAUCACUGAAUUUGAGGAUUUCCCAAUUCACAAGUUUCCUUUUUGAGACCCUUGCUUCCUUUGCUUCCCCAACUCCAUCAAAUGGCUCUUUCUGGGUCUGUCGUGGAGCUUCAAGCUUCUUCAAUAAAGAAGAAAACUGCUGUUUCAAGAAGCUGGAUUCUGCUGGACCAUGAUGGCAAAGGCACUGUACUUGAUGUGGAUAAGUAUGCUAUUAUGCGAUUGGUUAAUAUUCACGCAAGAGAUCUUCGAAUUCUGGACCCUCUCCUAUCGUAUCCUUCCACCAUUCUCGGCAGAGAGAAAGCUAUUGUUCUCAAUUUAGAGCACAUUAAAGCUAUUAUAACUGCGGAUGAGGUAUUGCUAAGAGACCCAACGGAUGAUGACGUGGUGCCAAUUGUUGAAGAACUUCGCCGACGGUUACCCAAAGCAAAUGCUUGUGGGCAAGGAGAAGAAGAGGCGUGUGUUCAAGAUGGUGAAGGUGGACAGGAAAAUGAAUUUCCAUUUGAGAUCCGGGUCUUAGAAGUUAUAUUAGAGGCAAUUUGUAGUUUCCUUGACGCACGAACAAGGGAGUUAGAGACCGCUGCUUAUCCAGCUUUGGACGAAUUGACCUCUAAGAUCAGUAGUCGUAAUUUGGAUAGGGUGCGAAAAUUGAAAAGUGCAAUGACGAGGCUGACAAGUCGAGUUCAAAAGAUUAGAGAUGAACUAGAAAAUCUACUUGAUGAUGACGAUGACAUGGUUGAUCUUUACUUAUCGAGAAAGUUGGCUGUUUCAUCCUCACCCACAAGUAGCUCCGAUGCUCCCAAUUGGCUUUAUAGCUCUCCAAAUCCAAGUUCAAGAAUACACAGAUCUAGUAGAGCAAGUGGAACAAUAGUUCAAAGAGACAAUGAUGUGGAGGAGCUUGAAAUGUUACUUGAGGCCUAUUUCAUGCAAAUUGAUGGCACAUUAAAUAAAUUGGCCACAUUGCGAGAAUAUAUUGAUGACACAGAAGAUUAUAUCAACAUACAGCUUGACAAUCAUCGAAAUCAACUGAUUCAGCUAGAGCUCUUCAUUAGUGCUGGGACUGUCUGUAUGUCCAUAUAUUCAUUGGUGGCUGCAAUAUUUGGUAUGAACAUUCCAUAUACAUGGAAAGAAGAUCAUGGAUAUAUGUUUAAAUGGGUGGUGAUCUUUACGGGAAUGGUUUGUGCAUCCUUGUUUUUAUCCAUAGUAUCUUACGCAAGACGCAAAGGCCUUGUUGGGUCUUGAAAAGCAUAAAGUUGCGUGUUGGGAGACAUCAGGUUAAGUCUAGUACAGGAGGGCAAUUUCGAGACAUUGCACCAAAAGAAUACUAUAUUUGUUGAAUCAUGUUAUGCGCCCAAUAGCUUCUU